AUGAAGGUUCCACCAGAUAUAGAGAAAGCCCGUCGGGAUGUUCAAGGAAAUGAUGUGCCUAAAGAACAGAAGUCUCACCAUCCGGCGAUCCAUCCACUUGACAUUACUCAUCACGGCUCUACAAGCGGCAACGGCAUUGCAAAGAGCAAACGAAGAUCCUCUUACUCGUGCGGAGACCUCAAAACUAGAGAAAACAAGAAGAAGAGAGAUGCAGAGAAUCCCUUGCAAGCGCGGCUUCCACACAAGCGACACACGCCGACGCAGUGGUGGUGGGAUGGAUCCAAGACGGAUGCGUUCCAAGUCACUCAUCAGUCUCCCUCAGCUCAUGGCGCAAAGCUGCGCCUGUUUUGCGCCUCUUCCUGA